AUGGCUCAGAGGCCGGAGAUACCUUUCUUCGUGCCACAUGGUGAUGCCCAGAUGGCUGACGAAGAUCCCAACCAGACAAGAUCCCAACAGGACCAGCCGCCUCAGAGCUACUACACUACCUGGCCAGGUGAUGGUUUCCGCUUCUAUCCCUUGCCCCUGGUCACAACCAGAGCGCUACCUAUUGCAAGAGAAGAUUGGCCAAUCCAGCAAGCUUCCGGAGGCUCUGCGUCGUACAUGGUCUAUCCCAAUUCCACCUCGUUUGUGCCUUACUACUUCCCAGCUACGUCUGGCGAGCUUCGCUACUUACCUCCUCCAAAUCCGACCGCCUCAAUUCAGCCUCACGUGUUCCAUCCGCCGCUCCAGAUCGGUAGGCAUUUGACAACAGGUCUGCCCUCCACAUUUCGCUUCGGAGACCAGACUCCAACCGUCGAGCCACGAGCCUUGAGCACGGCAGAUUCAGAACCGGAACCAUCUCUUCCUCCUUUGUCCACAGUCCUCCCUGAUCAUUUGUACUUAGAUCGGCAGAGCCGGCAACACAUCCUACCACAAGAGCCUCGACCGCAACCCUUUUCACAAGAACCUCGACCACAGACCUUUUCAGCAGAACUUCGACCGCAAACCCUUCCACAAGAAGCUCAACCACAGAGAAACCCCGUUCCCGUGAGAGCUAGUCGACCACCAUCUCCUAUCCCAUUUUUUCGAUUCCCCGCCAGAGAUAGCCCAGAUCCAGUCGAACAAGGUUUGCGACAAGUACUCCAAGAGCCCGCAUCAGCGCUUAGAAGUGCUUCGAACGAUAUGGCAGACUCCGGAGCGCCACUGCCUCAGAGUGCUGCUUCACUUGAAAGCAAUGUUACCGCCCCAGCCCCUGUCUUCGGUGGAGCACCACCGAACACUCCUCGACGCCACCGCCGCAGAAUGUCUCGACCUACUAUGCCUCGUGUCGCAUGCACCGCAUGUAUGGAAGUCUUCAAACUCGACGAUUUGCUCAAUCUUGCGUGCUCAUGCCGCUAUUGUACGCCAUGUCUCAAUGCAGCAUUCCAAGCUGGCUGUACCAGCAAGGCCGCAUUCCCGCCCAAAUGUUGUGGCCGGCCUUUGCGCAUCUCUGUCUGGGGUAGCAUGUUGGAUGCAGAUAUCCUCCAGCGUUACAAGCAAAUUGAGGCCGAGUUCAGCACCUCUCGCCCCCUUUACUGCGCCAUUCCCACCUGCUCCACGUUCAUUCCCGAAGACCAACAACAUGCUCUGGAUGAGUGUGGGGUAUGUUCCAUAUGCGAUCAGAUCACCUGCAAGAAAUGCCGACAAGAUAUGGGAGAUCAUCCACAUUGGCCCGUUGCACGACGAAUCUGCCCGGCCGAGAACGCUGAAGUCGCCGCAUUGUUCGCCCUGGGCACCGCGAAGAAAUGGAGACAAUGUCCAACCUGCCUGAACAUGGUGGAACGCCUAGAAGGUUGCAAUCAUAUGGAUUGUAUCUGCGGCGUAGAAUUCUGCUAUCGCUGUGGAAAUCUCUUUGAUGAAGAUGACAACUGCGCCUGCCAUCCCAGCUCCUGGGAGGAUGACGACGACGAUGACGAGGAGGAGGAGGGGGUUGACGAGUCUGGAGAAGAAGCUCCUGCAGAGAACGAAGAAGAAGCCGACGAGAACCAACUUGUCAACAUCUGA